AUGUUCAAAAUAUUUGAAAAUAAUAACAAUAACAAUAACAUUAAUAAUAUUCUAAUAACAAAAAAUGAUAAUAUAAAUACAAAUAAUAAAAACAAUAGUCAAAAUACAAAUAACAAUUCGCAAUAUAAUACAGUUCAUGUAACAAAUGCAGCAAUUCUCGAAAAACAAACACUACCUCCACCACCCACACAAUUAGCAACAACACCACAAGCAGCACCAGUUCAAUCAAAUCAUCCAAGUUUAGAUCACCUUGCAGCAUUUACAACUAUGAGAGAUUUGAAAAGUAAAGAAAUUUUAACCACCGAAAGAACCUAUGUAGAUAAUAUGAAAAUUUUAGUAGAGGUAUUUAUUAAUCCAUUCAAAGCAGGUGAAGGUGGUAUUUCAAAAGAACAUGCACAAGCCAUUUGUGCAAAUAUUCCGGAUAUUUUAUUGAUUGGUAUUGAAUUGUUGGGCAACUUGGAGGAAAAAUUACAAAACUGGUCAAACCAACAAACUAUUGGUGAUACAUUCCAACGUUUAACACCAUUUUUGAAGAUGUAUACCAAUUACACAGUAGGAUUUGAUAAUAUUUUAAAUAUUAUUACAGAAUGUGAAAAGAAUUCAACAUUUACAACAUUUAUUCAAAAAUGCACAGAGGACCCAAGAACAAAGAAGUUAGACUUAAGAUCAUAUUUAAUUCAACCAGUUCAACGUAUUACAAGAUAUCAUAUGUUAUUAGAUGAAGUACUUAAACAUACAGAUCCAAGUCACAUAGAUUAUCCUUUACUUAAAGAUUCUUACGAAAAAAUGAAAAAAGUUACCAACGAUGCAAAUGAUGCUAUUAAAAAGAAUGAAAAUCGUCAAAAAGUUUUCGAAAUUCAAAAGAUGUUUUUAAAUGAUCCAAAAUUUGUAGCACCACACAGAGAAUUUAUUUUUGAAGGAAGUUUAACCAAAGUUUGUAGAAAAGCAUGUAAAAAAAGAGUUGUAUUUUUAUUCAAUGAUAUUUUAGUUUAUGGUAGCAGUAUUCCACCAAAAUUACUCUUACAUGGAACAAUAGAGCUCGAUCAUUGCCGUAUUGACGAUAUUCCAGAUGGUAACUCUGGUGGCUCAUCAUCCAUUUCAUUAAAUGGUUCAGUCAUCGUUAAUGCAUUCCAAAUUUGCAGUAAUAAGAAAUCCUUUGUUGUCUUUGCUGAUACUCCAGAAUUGAAAAUGCAAUGGAUGAUUGUUUUAACAGAAACUAUUGAAAAAUUAAAAGAAAAAGGAAAAACAAUUAAAAAAGAAAAAAUUAAACAUGCUGAAGCUCCAGUUUGGGCACCAGAUGAAAGCGCAGAUAACUGUCCUAAAUGUUGUGGUCCUUUUUCAUUAUUAAAUAGAAGACAUCAUUGCAGAAAUUGUGGUGCUUUAGUAUGUGGUAAAUGUUCAGAAAUGAAAUACAAACUCCCAGUCACAGAUUAUAAACCAGCUAGGGUUUGCAAUUUGUGCUAUGAAAAUUUAACCGCCACAGCUGUUGGAAAUUUAACAGUUUAA